GGAAAGCAGGAAGGAAGAUGUCCCAAGGACAGUGAUCUCUCUUUUCUCCUUCUUCUGCCUUUUUUUCUGAGCUGCUUCUUCUCAUCACACGCCUUCAGGGUUUCUUAACUGCAAAAGAAGAGUCAAGCCUCUUAGGGAAGAUGGAAAACACCCAUGUAGGGUAACAUUUUCCACCAACUAGAAGAGGUCCUGGGAUAACCAAUCCCACCGGAUCCAGAAAGCGGGAUAGAAUGGAGGGUGCAGGGCCCUGGGGGUGGCCAUGCCUACUGCUGCUGCUCAAGGUCUCAGGAUUCCAAGCUGUAGAUGAAGAGGAGAAACAAAUAUACCUACAAGAAGGAAGAAAUCUGACCGUGUCCUGUGUUUACAACAUCAUGCUCUUCUCCUCCAGCCUGAAGGCUUGGCAGCGGGUGGAGAGCCAGGGCCCUCCAGAGACUCUGGUGCGCACGAGUACUAGAAACCUAAGCCUUAACCAGGCCCGGGCCGGGAGAUACCUGCUGGAGGAUAGACCCAGCGAUGCCGUAAUGAUGGUCACCAUCACAGAGCUCCAGCCUCAGGACUUGGGGCUGUACCAGUGUGUCAUUUACCUUUCGCCUCAGAACUUCCAUCUUCUGCUUCCUCGGAUACGGCUGACACAAUACGAAGGUGGGGAAGGGCAUGGCAGUGCUGGACCACAGAGAGAGACUUAUAAUAAGACGAUAUUUGGAGAAAAUGGCACCAGCUCAAGAAAUCCGACUCCAAAAGGCAAUCCGGACUCAGGGCCUGCAGGUGCUGGUUAUUGUUCUGACAUGUGGAUUCAUCCUGAACAAAGGCCUGGUGUUUUCAGUCCUAUUUGUCCUUCUCCAGAAAGGCCUCUGGUGAGGCAGCCUCUUAACGAGCCCCCAGGCCAAGGCAAACCCAGGGAAGCUGCAGACUCACCUGCGGAGCCACAGGCAUGCCCUCCUCCCCCAGCACAUUUCACAUUCCAUUCUCCAUUCGGUGGGAAAUAAAAGGCUUCCUGUACUUCUUCUGUGGGAUUUCUGCCCAGCCCCUCUCUUACCCAGAGGGGAUGGAACAGUAACAAGCAGCCAGGUGUGGAGAGUGGGGUAGAAGGAGGGGGGCGGAGUAAGCAGAGGCCAAGGGAGUGACAAUCGAUUUCUGCUUUAAAUGCAACACCUGGGACUCACAAACUAUGGCUCAAAUGAACCCAAUAUUCAUUUCCUUCCUGCUGUUCAGACUUGCUCUGCUGGAGACUUUUGGCAAAACCCAUCACUCUUCCGGUCAUUUAAAAAAAAUAGACUUUAUUGUUUAGAGUAGUUUUAGGUUCACAGCAAAAUUGAGAAGACAGUACAAAGGUCCCCUGUAGUCUCUGUCCCUACACACGUGCAGCCUCCGCCACCAACAUCGUGCCCCAGGGCAGUUUGUCACAGAUGAUGAACUAUGUGGACAUGUCAUUAUCACCCAAAGCCCAUAGUUUACACCAAGGUUCACUCUUCAUUCCGUGGGUCUGAACAAGUGUAUAGUUACAAGUACCCACCACUGUAGCACCGUACAGAGUAGCUUCAUGCCCUAAAAGUCCUCUGUGUUGCACCUAUUCACCCCAACCCUUCUAUUCAUUUUUAAGCAGUAAAAAGUUCAUUCUAAAAGUAGCUUCAGUUCAGUUUGGGAAAAAGGGUUUCAUUUAAAAUGAAAUCUCCAAAGCCUCUAGAUUUGUCACCCUAUUAGAAGACAGAAGGGUACAGGUCGGUUUUCCUGUCUUCGCCAUCAAUACUUUCGGUUGCAGCUUCUGACUCCUCCAGGCCUGAGCAACGGAAAGGGGAAGAGGAGAACGAAGGGAGCAGGCAGAGUCUGACCUAGCACUGAUCUGAGGAUUGGUGGGUUUCUCUCCACGCCUGCUGUGGGCUCCACCCCUGUCUGUCACCUGCCAUUUCUUUGACACAAGCAACUGUGUGUGUCUUUUGACUGGUCGCUUCUGACUUCCCCUUCAGUCUCUGAGCAUUGGGUGGGGGAGGGGGGCAGAACAUGCCACCUGAGAA